GCGAGGAAACCCGCGCCAAGACCGCGAAACCAGCAAAAAAGGCCUCCUCCGUCCCCCUCUUUACUUGGGGGUUUUCUCUACAAAUAGAAAUGCCCUCCGCCACCAAGCGGGCGUAUCGAUGCUCGUGGGAAAUCCCGUACGACUUCCACCCCCGCAUCCGCCCCUACCCCGGCGUGACAAGUGUGGUGCGCGCGUACAUGGAUGGUAAGAAACCAGCCGCCGCGACUGCUGCAGAAGGUCAGGAGCCGCCGCCCCACGAGGGGCGAAGUGAUCAAAGAAAAGCGAAGCAUCACAUGAAGUUCCGUCACUAUCGGCUCCGCCGCUCGCCGACCGCGAAGCUCGAGGCGGCCGUUGCGCACGCGCUAGCAGAUGGGGACCGUGAUGCGCCGAAGGAAAAGGUGCCGGCAGCACCAAACACCAAUACAGCGCCGCAGCCGCCCUCGUUGCCCUCCGCACCGCGGCCCUCACGACGGCGGCCACCUCGGCGUGCUGCCCACCACCCCAACACCAAACCCGCGGAUACACCGUCCAAGGCAGCCGCAGCGCCGCGCGAUAACGUGGCGACGCCAUCAGGGGAGGACAGAAGUGACCGCCCACAACCGCCAGCAGAGGCCCCAGCCGAGACAGCUGCACGUCGACGCCCCGUAGCUCUCCCUUCCCACUUUACACCCUUCAGGCGAGAAGCACCGGCGGAGGUGUCCUCUGCGCCGUCGAGCGUCGUCCCCGUCGCACAAGCUCCCAUCGCCCCAUCACCGCUGCGGCCAUCCCCACCCACGCACACGAGCAACCGAUGCCGCACGAAGCCGCGUUACACGCUUCCACCGUCGUACGCGUCGCAGCUUCGAUCCUUCGCAGCUCAGCCGGUGCCCACCGUCGCCGUGCGAGACCUUUCUGCCUCCCCGCUUCCAUCGUCACGUGAGAUACGCGUGUCUCCGCGCCGCGUACGUCACGCCUCUCGCUACGGCUUUGUGCAGGAGCUUCUCCAGUGCAUCCGGGCACAGGGCAACAACAGGGGCGAUGUGCUGCCACACGCCGUGCUGGACAACUACCUCGACACGCGCGACGCCCACAGCUUCGACGCAGCAGCGCACAACUAUAGUACGGUGUUGCCGGACGCAUUGGAGGAGAGCGUGGCGGCGCGGGCGGCGGCUCUGCAGGCGACGGAGCAGCGCAUGUGGGCUCGUUUUGUGGUCCACGUAGCCCCGCUGGCGGUCGCCCACGCAGAGGCGGUCGGCGCGGGCGGGGUGUCGGUGAUCGACAGCGGCCACGUUAGCGAUCCCAUUUACGUAUCACGCGAGCCUGACAUCCUCGCCGCGUAUCCCAGUCACAUGAACGAGGAAGAGGAAGGGGGGGACGCGUACAGCAGCGAAGGCGACGACGAGGACGACGAUUUGGGCGAGGAGAUGGCGGUGGUGGUGCAGCCGUUUAUGGACGAGGUGCCGGCGACGCAAGAGGACGUGCGGCUCAGCGAGCGGCACCGCUGCUGGCCCAAAGGGCGGGAAUGGGAUCGGCAGACGGCCAUCCGCGCCGCUGUCGGCGCCACCGCGCAGGAGGCACUGCUCGAUCUCGGGGUUGACCCGCGCUACCGCCGGCCUGGGGACUUUCUGCUGCAGCGGAACCGGGCUCGAUAA